GUUACCUCCCCUGUUUAGUUGCUAGCGACUCGUCGCACUUGUUUAUGCAGCUUUAUCCACCAUGAAAAUGUUUUAGAUAAUUGCAUGUGAUUAAAUCAUCUGUAAGAGAGAAUCUGACACAAUGGCUCUCCAUCUCUCAGAUUUGUACCAUGCUUCAAGCACUGAGAAAGUGCUGGACAUGGAAAAGGAUCUGAAACAAGAGCUUGAAGAGCUAAAGCAAGAGAUAGAUGAGAAUGACACAGUAUUAGAAAUGCCAUCAAAGGUUGUCAGUUCUGUGCCUCUACCAAAAGAUGUGUCUCACUAUAGGGCGGAAAGAAAAAUCAUUGUUGAUAGAGCAAUGGAGGUCAGUCAAGCUCAGCCCCUAGUUGUACAAGCUGAUGUGAUGAAGGAAGAAAUGUUAAACGCUGAAAGUUUAGAGUACACUUCUGCCAGUUUGCCGUUGUUGAUUCACCAGCAUUUUGUGGAUAAAAUUCACCAUAUUAUACAGUCAAAAUACUUGCAUUUAUUGAGGUGGAAGAGGUUUUGUCAAAACACUGCUGCCAUUGAGGCCCUGCAUCCUCUAUAUCAGAAAAGAAUGAGCCAUAUACUAUCCGAGUACAAUGAUUGUGUACAGAGAGCUCAUAGGUUAUCUAUAGCCCGGGAAUCAUACCUCUGUAAACAAGAUUAUGCCCUAGCGGCAGUCGAGCUAGAGGACUUGCUGAUCUAUCUACGCUGGCUGGUGUGUCAUCUACAUUCUACCAAGAGAUUCCAUCAGUACCUCAGAGUGUUACAAUGGACACAUAUUCUAUACAAGAGUGAAAUAGCUCCUCCAGUAAAGGAAGACCCAGAUCAGGAGGAAAACACUAGUGUUGCUAAGAUGGCCUCCAGGUACCAGGAUGAUGUUUCUAGCAGUUUUCAGCGCCCUAAAUCUGGAGCAUCUAGACCUAGUUCUGCUGUGUCUCCGCGGUCACAGACACCGCUCCCCCAGCCUCCAGCUAUCAACCCCUCCCUCCUGUCAACAACACCACUGCCAUCAACUUCCCUAGCUUAUGCUGCAGCUGCUGCUGGAGGAGGUAUUGCCACAGAUGAGGAAAGUCUUGGUCUGCCACUGAAUGUUGUAGACUUUCAAUCUCUAAAACCACACCUUGCUUUCCUCCUUAAUAUAUACGGAGUACAGUUUAACUUGGAGGGUAUAAAGAACAGUGCAGAUGAGAUGGAAAUGUUCGCUGCCAUUAACAGAAAGUUUAAACAAAUCUUCCAGAGACAGGAGAAUAUGAAAACAUUUAAAACCUAUGACAGGAUUGAGUCAGAGAAGAAAUCACAUGUGCGAGAUCUUGGUCAAGAGAAUUGGGGUAUAGACUCUCCCACCCAUGCGUUGAAACAAGAGUCAAACUGGCUUCCGUAUAUCAAACUUAAACCAGAACACAAUGCUACCCAAGAGAAGGUUUGGACUCAGUUGAGACAAGUUAACAAUACGGAUGAGAUCUUACGUAUGCAGGCACAUUUUAUACAUGUGUCUGAUGCUGAGCAUGUACAAGAGAUUUUGCAGGAGCACGCUGGUGCUGUACGGAAUCCUGUGAGCGGUUCUGCUGCACGUGUGACAACCAAUCACGACGCUAACAACAUGAAUACUCUUCAAGUCUGGAGGAAGAUUUACUGUAACACCGAUCUUUAUAAUGAUGGUGAUGAUGAUGAUUCUGUUAAGGUGGUAGAUUUUGAUGAGAGAGAUAUAGAAAAUGUAAACCUGAACAACAAGAGGUCAGGGAGUGCACGGAAAAGACGGGACAGUUACGACUAUAUAAACACUGUGCAAAUGCUUGGUUUAGAUGAAGGAGAACAGAAUCAUAAUGAUGCAGCCACCGUACAGGGAGCAUAUCUGUCGUUUCUACAUCUCCGUCACCUUCGACUCCGUGAUCUACAGAGAUCUUGUCUGAGUAUGUUUAACUACUUUCGGUCCCUGGAAAGAACACUCACUAUUAAUGAUGCUGGUUUAACACAAGAUGAAGCAGAGUUCAAACAAGCUUGUCCACAGAACCACAGGACAGCAACAGAGACCGAUGGUACAGUUGGAGGUGGUGGGGGUCUCGCAUCCCAUUCCUAUCUUCAUAACACCCCACUAGAUUUCAAGUUGAAUGAGUCAGAAUUUGUAGAGUUUGCUGACAUAGAUAAUCACGAUGAUUUCUUCACGAUUGACGAUGGUAGAAUCCACGUGCAAGAUCAGAGGGGAUACUACAUCAUGUAUGAUACUGCUGUCAAAGAUCUAGAGGAACUAGAGAAAGGUCUCAUGUUACUUGCCACUCACUAUAUAGAGAAAGAUCGUAACCUUCGUGGAAUAUCUCGUGUAAACAAGAAGACAGAGUCCGCUAGACGUAGACAGCAAUCUACAGCAGGUCCAGGAGAUUUUGAUAUGCCUACCUAUGCUCAUAUGGAAAUUGACAGGUUCGGUGUGAUGAUGGACUUAUGGACUAAUGAAACAGCAUUUAUGGAAUGUAAAAGGGAGUUGAUUGACUGUUAUAUGGAAGCAUACCACAAUGUGUUUGAUAGAGAUGAGAAGAGAGCCUUGGCCCAGGUGAUAAUGAACUUAAUGUAUCAGAGACCGAGAUAUGACCUGUCUGCCGAAUAUUUUAUCAAGAUUUAUCGUGCAGAGAGUGUUAUUAUGAGACAACAUAUCAACCUUAUCAAGUCUAUUCUUGAUAAACAGAUAGAAGAUGAGAGGGAAUAUAACCAGAAAGUUUGUAGAGAUGGUGACAAACAUGGACUGCCAUACCGUAUUAUACCAAAACAACCUAUAGCUGUCAAUCAUAGCAAAUCAGCAUUACGUAAUGUGUUCAUUCUAGAGUUUCAUCCUACACUAGCCAUUGCCAGCAAAGUUCCCCAAGCUGUCAAAUUUGCUCUUCAGGAAUUGGUACAUAUACACAAGCCAGAGUGUAUACUUGACUCUUUGAUCAUGGAGAAGAAGUUGUACGAAGUGGCUCUCAGGGAGUGGCAGAGUAUGGAGCCAAUUGGCACCUCAUUUUCUCCACAAAUGCAGAAAGAUCUGUUUUCUGGCGUGUUUGCGGAGGACCCAUUGUUUAUAUGUGAGAUAGCAGAGAGGUUUGCCAUGGAGGAAGACGGGGACCAGCAAGCUAGGGGGCAGAAGAAACAGAAGAAUAAACUUAUGAUGAAUAAAGUGGGAAGAGUUAUGGAGGCAGUACAUGUUAGACACAGAUUAAUUGAUGUUGCCUGGGAAACAGAAAUAUUAGCCAAGAUAUACAGACUACAGGCACAUGAUAUGGGUUUUGAUGAGUUUCACAUGUACAUGAGGUUUGUACAGAUGGAAUUUGCGGGAUUCAAGGAGGACGCUGGGAAACCUCCGCCCACUUUUAUAACCUCAGUGCUAGAGGAUGAGUCACUUGUUGAUAGGUAUACACCAGGAUUUUUGUACCUGGCUAUACACGAGCUAGACGAGGCUCAUGUAGGGAGGUUCAGUUUCAGAAGCAGGGACGGGAUUUUGGAGUUAAUGAAGGCAGGUGGAUUAGAGUCCCUCCAGGUUGUAUUAAAGACCCAGGUUGUUCAUAAAAAUGCCCUCACAUGUGCUGUACAACAGGCUCAUGCCUGUCAACCCGUCAAAGAGCAAGAAUAUAGUAAAAGUGGAAGAAACAGUCCAACUGAAACCAAAUCAGAGAAGUCAUCGCUGACCCAGUUAACCGGCAUGUCCGGUAGCACAGCCGGCACAGCACUGGCGGCAAAACUUGCGGCCGAGUCUGGCGGAGGUAAAAGACGUUCACCUGAAGCCUUCAUGUCUAUUCAACUUGAAAAGACCCCCAGCAGAGACAUUAUGUUAAAUGACUUUGUAACAAAGAAGAACCAGAUGGGGACUAUCUUAAGAAAUGCUGAAGAAAUGUCUAAAAUGAAAAGGACAUUGAUAUCCCAGUUCUGUACUAACUUUAACAGAAGGUUGGCCCAGUUUUCACUGAGAGGUCAACUAUUGACCUAUUAUAACAGUAUCCUAGGCUUGUUAGAUGAAUUCCCUCAAGUCAGGGACACAUACUUCAUGUUAGGACAGGCCAAUGAGAAGAAAAGCAACAUGGACGAUGUGGCCGGGCUUGAGCCAGACGCAAGAGUAAUGAGGAAGCGUCCAAGAAGAGUUCUCUCCCCUGACGGCAAACAUGUACUGAACAUAUGGUUUAUACCUCACCAUACAGAGACACUGAUCAUGUUUAAAACGCUCGAUGACGAGCAGUGUAAGAGGGCGCUAUCUUACUGUUUGAUGAUUGUAGCCGCGCUUCACGAUAUGUUACAGUAUUUGUGCGCACAUUCGAGACUGGGUAGCUCGCAUGCAAGGUUAGGCUCGCAGAAAAUGGAGUUUGUUACUGCGGAUUGGGGUGGUACGGAAGGUGUUGGUGCUGAAUUGAGGGAUAUACAGAAGCAGAUUGAUAACCUUCCGUUCCCCACCGACCCUGGUAACGUGUCUGAAUACAUGAACCUACGUCGGGACGUCAUGUUCCUCGAGUUUGACACAGCCGUCAGACAUUGUAUGGCAGAUACGUUCCUAUCAACAGGAAAUAUACAAGCUUAUAAGUCUAUUGUGAACAACAUGCAUCAUUCCCUGCCGGCACUGAGCAACGUUCAACGUCCCUCUUUGUUCUGUAUGUACCUGAAUGUUCCAGAACCUCUCGAGUUUAGAGAUCUGUCGGCCAAGGAGUUAUAUCCAAACCGAACAUUCCUUGGAAGGAAUGGACCUUUUCCUACAAUGUUCUGGCAGUGGUCUAUGAUAGAGUAUUAUAUACAGCUAUGUUUAGCGGGCCUAAAAGACGUUGAUAGGCAUGUUGCUAAUGGAGAAAUCCUCGGCGUGACAUUGUUAAUGGAAGACGUACUACAGACCGGGUUCCAGGAUGUUUCCCUGCUCACAGAUCACCUGACCAAUGGUGAGGGAGGGGACAAAGCCAAGGAAAGAAAGCCACGGUCUGCUAGCAUCAAAAUCAGCGAGAAACGGGGAUCUGCCACACUAGGAAGUAUUUCAAAAUUGCCAAUUCAGAAUGUAAGCUUGUCGAGGACAAAUGAGCCAAUUAAAGCUUACAAGUUGUUAAAGUUCUUCUUAUUGCUAUGGAAAUGUUUAGAAUAUUUGAAAUAUGACUGGGGAAAGAGGAAACUAGGAGUGGAGAGUAUAGAGUCAAUGUCACUGUACAAAGAAUUCUGUAAGGUGUAUAAAACAGAAGUAUUACUGCCAGUAUUACAAAGUGUUGCUAGGAGACUAGGUCAAGGUGAAAUGUAUGAGGGUAUUGCCUUGGAUACAGAUCCUCUUGUCAUGCCACGAGGAGCCUCGGAAAUUGAAGUCAGAGCCAAACAGCUUGUAAAACUGUUUGAGAACAUGGAGUGUCACAUGAUAGCUGAGUUAAGGAAAAAGAUGGCACGCGAGUUGACCCUCGUGUUGGCUGAGAGAGGGAGGAUAGAGGAAACUGCACUGCCUACAGAUCUAUGGAAGAGACCUGUUAUGAAAGAAAGCUUCACUAUCGCCAAGCCGCACGUCACUGAGUCGUUCUACGAGAAGCUGAUGUCACACUGCGAGGAGAAUGAUGAUCAGGUGAUCUUCUCCAGGAAACACCUCAACUCGUGCGUGGCUGACCUCACACGUGCGGUGAUGGGAAGAGAGAAAAGUAACUUUGAUAGCUACACUAUGUAUUAUGAGAAUCUCCUGAGGUCUUUACACCAAAAUCUUUAUCAGAAAGAACAGGAGGUUAAACAGAUGAAAGAACAGAUCAAAACGAGUCAACAGAAUGUAAUGGUAGAAGUACAAUGCCAGUUGGCAAACCAAGGUCAUGACCUUAUAAUGGAAAUUACUCCCUUUAAGGGCCCAAGGUUGCGAGAUGAAGAGAUGAUUUUCAACAGCAGAGGGGAUUCUAAACGAUGA